AUGAAACUAUCUACUGUUGGGAAAAUAAAACGAACAAGAUCUAAAACUGGUUGUUUAACUUGUCGGAAGAGAAAGAAGAAAUGUGAUGAAAAUAAACCAAAAUGUAAUAGUUGUAUUCAUUUAAACAAAGAAUGUAUUUGGCCAAGUAAGGAUAAUAUUAUAUCUACUGAUACCACCACCACUAGUAAAAGAAUAUCUAAACCCACGGCCACGGAUAAAAAUAAUAUGACCAAAACUAAUAACAAAACCACAACACUAUUGAAAAAAAUUGAUACCAAUAAUGAGGAAAGUCUUAUAAGGCAUAACCCAACAACCACCACUACCACCAAUACCAUAUUAUUGCGAACUCUAAAUCCUCAACAAUUAUCAUCACCAAAUCAAGAACAAUAUGAAUCUGACAACAAUAUGGUACUGCUAGAUUCAUCAAUAACAAAUUCAUCAAUACCCAAGAAAUCCAAUUAUUAUUUAGAAAGAAUAGCUAUGCAACAAGAUUGUGUGGAAGAAGAUUAUAUAAUUCCGUCAUUAUCUCAAUACAUUGACGUUGAUGGUGAUGGUGAGCUGGUGGUUAAUGAUCAACUGAAUAAUUCACCAUGA